CCGAAGCAAAACAUCAGAGCGACCCGGGCAGCGCAGAAAGGGAGACGGGGAAACUCUGCCGCCCAGCUUUCUGGACCUUCUGCGCUAAGCCGCUGCAAGCUGGUGGCCUCCCAGAGAACCCAGGUGUCCACACACCCACACACACUGAUGCAGAAUUACUUCCCUGCUCUUAGGAACCCGGAGGUUCUGGCUUUCAGUCCCCAGCAUUGCACUGAGACUAUCACUGAGGCCCUGUCUCUAGCUCUCUCUGCUGCGCAUUCCUUGGUUUCUUUGGCCUCCCAAAGCACCAAAGAAUCCCUGUUCCCAAAGCUCCCUGCUCCACAUCCCGAGGAAUCCAGUGGGACCCGUAGGCCUGUUUCAAAUGAGCUCUGUGCUGGCUGCCCCAUCCCUCCCCUCCAACCCAGAGGACCCCUCUCCGACUCGGGCCACCCGCCUGCCACGUCCCUUUCUCCGCAGCCUGCGGACCCUCUUUGAAAUCCUGGACGAUCAACGGAGUGGGACCGUCCACCUCUCGGAAAUCGAAAGCCGCUGGGGUUGCGGAGGCUCCGGGGUGACCCCCCAGGGCGACAAAGAGAGAUGUCAGCUCCCGGCGGGGGUCCUCCAGGCUCUACAGCAAGUGGCCGAGCCCUGUGGGGGCUACUUGAGUUUCCCCCGCUUGGUGGCCGGAUUGAGAAUCGCCCUCCUCCGAGCUGAGGAAGAGGAAGAGAAGACCAGGGAGAGAUCCGGUGCCCGGCCUGCCGAAAGUGGACGGAGUUCGUCACAGUCCAUGAAGAAUUUGAGCCGGAUAAGAGAAUCCAGUGGAAAAGGAGUCACUCGGUCCCGUAGUAUCAACAGCUCUCUCUGCCAAGCUGGACGACAUCGGGGCAUUCGGAUUCCCAAGGAGCCACGCAGACAUACCAUUUCCAAUGCCUUGGAAUAUGAUGUGCUGAAGCGGAUGCAGGAGCUGGAACGGGAGCGAGAUGCUUUGUUGCAAGGGCUGGAGAUGGUCGACCAGGUGCGAAACUGGUUCCAGCACCACCUACUGGAAGCCCAGAGGCGUCAUAAGCACAUGGGGACUGACAUGAACUAUAUUCCGGAGUCUUAUGCCAACCAGAGCUGCCAGCUGCUUGCCAGGAUCCAGGAAGUGAACAUGUGCUUGAAAAACUUGCUCACCUCCUCCGGCAAGCCAGAGGUCCCACCUUCUGGGUUUGGGGUUCCCCUUUAUCCGCCAGGCAAGGAGUUUCGCCAGCAAGCAGUCAACGUCCUGAAGGAACAGAACCACCUGUUGAUCAAGGAAGUGUCUGAGAAAAGCGACCGCAUCGCUCAACUGGAACAAGAGAAAGCAGCCCUUUGCAAACAGCUGAAAGAGAUCCGGGGCUACCGCCUCGCCAGCCACAAAGAGUCCACCUUUAUCUGACAGCGGAGGUUGCUUCCUCUUGAAGUCGAACAUGAUAUCCUUCUCGUUUGAUAUUUCUGCAGCCCUUUCUCCUCUGGCUCAGCUUCUGUGACAUUGUGCCCUUUGCAGUCAAAGGACAGUAUUUCUGGCAUAUCUUUUCCAUUCAAGGACACCACUGCCUUGUCUACUCUUUUAUGCCACUGCAUCGUUUCUGCAAACAGAGCUUCUACCGUGGACUUCUGGACAAAAACUUUAUUCCCUGUUUUGUGACCUCCUCCCAUUCUGCCAUAGCCCAAAUUGUGCAUAUUAGGGGGAAAUUUAGGGGAAAAGAGACCGCAGAGAAUUGUUCUCAGUUUGCACAUUUAUUAUGGGCUGUUCUACAUCUGCCCCGCUUCUCAUCUGCCAUCAUAUUGUUACCGCUGUUCGCCAGGUAACAAUAAGUGAUUUCAGCUCAGCAAACCGUAUAACAUUGGCACAAACACACAUAUACGUUCUCUGUGAGCCUUAUGGAGGCUUCUGAACCACACAAGUCUCCGCGUCCGGGCAUGGAGCCAGUGUAGCCAGGCAACCUGACUUUAGGAAAAUAUUUUAUUUUCCUGGCGGUAACAAUAUUUUGAAAUUUCUCCAGCGUGGCGUGGGAAUGGGGCUAGAAUGUCAAUUUCAGCAAGCACUGUCUUAACUGCACACUUCCCCCUAGAGGUUAAAUGAUAUUUCCUUCUUGCUUACACGGCUUUCCGGCUACCACCAAGUUUGGCUUUCCGCCCGAGACAAGACGUGGCAGUUCUCUUUGGCAGCCUCUGACUAGGUGUCAUUGCUAAUAUUUUUACACUUUUAGUAAGCAUCAAUUUAACAGUGCAAUCCUAUGCAGAGUUACUCCAGUCUAAGCCCUUUGAAAUGAAUGGGCUCAAACCAGAGGUGGGAUCCAGCAGAUUCUCACCAGUUCCCG